CCGACAGAGCUCGGACAGCAGACCAGCAGACUCAAGGGCAUGGCCCUCGACAGGGUCCCGCGGAGGGUGGGGGUGGUGGGCUACGGCCGGCUCGGACAGUCCCUUGUCUCCCACCUGCUGACUCAGGGACCGGAAGUGGGCCUAGAACUUGUUUUUGUCUGGAAUCGUGACCCAGCACGAAUGGCAGGGAGCGUGCCCGCUUCCCUGCAGCUCCAGCACCUCGCUGCCCUUGGGGAGAGGCACCCUGACCUUGUGGUGGAAGUGGCCCAUCCCAAAAUAAUCCAGGAAUCUGGGGCACAAAUCCUGCGCUAUGCCAAUCUCUUGGUGGGGUCCCCCUCAGCCCUGGCUGACCCGGCCACCGAGCAGCAGCUCCUGGAGGCCUCGCGUCGCUGGGACCACGCUGUGUUCGUGGCCCGGGGGGCCCUGUGGGGCACGGAGGACAUCACCAGAUUGGACGCAGCAGGGGGCCUCCAGAGCCUCCGUGUCACCAUGGCCACGCACCCCGACGGCUUCCGGCUCGAGGGACCCCUGGCGGCAGCGCGCAGCACCGGGCCUCGCACGCUGCUUUACGAAGGCCCUGUCCGCGGGCUCUGCCCCUUUGCCCCCCGCAACUCCAACACCAUGGCGGCCGCCGCGCUGGCCGCCCCCAGCCUGGGCUUCGACGGCGUCAUCGGGGUGCUGGUGGCCGAUCUCAGCCUCACGGACAUGCACGUGGUGGACGUGGAGCUGCGCGGACCCCCGGGCCCCACAGGCCGAAGCUUGGCUGUGCACACCCACAGGGAGAACCCCGCCGAGCCGGGCGCUGUCACGGGCUCUGCCACUGUCACCGCCUUCUGGCGCAGCCUCCUGGGCUGCUGCCAGCUCCCCUCCAGGCCGGGGAUCCAUCUCUGCUGAGAAGCCGCCUCCUUCCCGAGAGGACCUCCUCGCCUCAUUUACCUCCCCAUCACCGUCCCGCUGCUGCCCUGGCCUCUGUUUCCCCGGAUCUCCCUCCCAUCCCAGUAAAUAUUGGAGGCUCUUCUCCC